CUUUAUUUUCAGGCAUCCAGAUUUUUGACGGAACUACGCCACAAACAUGUUGAACUUUCAGCUGGUGCUCCUAAUCGGCGACUUCAACCUGCCUCAUCGAGCAGCCAAUAUUUCGCCAAAGUUCCGGAAGCUUCUGGUUCCUAACAAGAUGCAACAUGUUCUGUGCACCGGAAAUUUGUGCUCACGAGAAACUUUUGAUUAUUUGAGAACCUUAUCAUCGGACGUACACAUUGUUCGAGGAGAGUUCGACGACGAAACCCUCAAGUAUCCGGACACAAAAGUGGUAACAGUCGGACAAUUUCGCAUUGGAGUUUGCCAUGGUCAUCAGAUUAUUCCAUGGGGAGAUCAGAGAAUGCUCGAACUGCUGGCAAGACAACUCGAUGUCGACAUUCUUGUCACUGGAAACACCUACGAAUGCAGUGCUGUCGAAAAGAAUGGCCGAUUCUUCGUUGAUCCAGGAAGUGCGACCGGCUCAUUCAGUGUCACCAAAACGGAACCAACAACCCCUUCAUUUGCUCUUCUCGAUGUCCAAGCCGACAACGUUGUCACUUAUUUGUACCGUCUGAUUGACGACGCUGUCAAAGUGGAUCGUAUCAUUUACAAGAAAUCGAAGACCACAUAAUACUAUUUAUAUUUUUUCAAUCAGUUUAUUUUUAUAUUUAUUUCUAUACGUUCCAAAAUCACUUCCACUCAUCCCAGUUUUGAAUUUCAUGUGAAAUGUACAGUGAAAAAAAAAUUUAUUAUCGACCUUCCUAUGUACAUUUUAAAUCCGAUUUGGCAGUCAAACUGGCGUCGUAUGAUUGCUAAGAGGAUUGUAUGUUCCACUGAUUCCAGUGCCCUCUACUAGUGAUUGUAGUGAUGAGCUCUUCUGAAAAUGAGAAAUGACGUUAUUAAA